AAUAAAAAACAAAACAAAGCAAAACAAAUGGGGAGAUAGAGAGAAAAAAGAAAAAAGAAAAAAGAAAAAAAAAAGCGAGGAAAAAAAGAGAAAGAAGAAGAAUAGAGAGUGGGUAAAGGUAUCCAACCCAUCCACACAACAACAGCAACAAUAAGGAUGGUGAGACGAACCACCACCACGGCCACCACCACAACCGCCGUCAAUAACACCAACAUCGUCGCCCCCUUGAAGAAGAAAAAAGGCCGCCCUUCUCUAAUAGAUCUUCAAAAUCGCGCCCUUCUUCUCCAACAACAACAACAACAACAACAAGAAAAAAACCCUAAUUUCGAAUCCCAUUUCCCUCAAUCAAACCCUAAUCGUCGCUCUCGAUCUGCUCGUCGGAUCCCCAAUUUACCUGCUCGCUUUAUCGACGGCUCCGAUUCUGACGAUCAUUCCAUUCCCAAUUCAAUUGACGACGACGAAAAUGAUGAUGAAAUUGAUGAUGACGAUGAUGAUGAAAGGGCUGAGAAGAAGGUUAAACUCGUCGUUCAAUUCCCCAAUUCUAAUAACAAAAUCAUCAAUGCCAUUGCUCAGGAUGUAAAGGGUGCGAAAGCGACUGACAACGAUAAUGGGACAAGGAGGAUGGUAGGUGGUGCUUUGGAAAGUGGGCCCACACCUUCAACGUCUGCUGCUACUGCUACAGCAAUAACAACAACAACAAGUACGCCUUUGCCUGAUAAAAAGUUGCUGCUCCUCAUUCUUGAUAAACUCCAAAAGAAGGAUACUCGAGGCGUGUUUGCAGAGCCGGUCGAUCCGGAGGAGCUUCCAGACUAUCAUGAGAUUAUUGAGAAUCCCAUGGAUUUUGAAACAGUGAGGAAGAAACUCAUGGGCGGCUUUUAUUCGAUUUUGGAGCAGCUUGAGGAUGACAUAAAUUUAAUUUGUUCAAACGCAAUGCAGUAUAAUUCACCUUCUACGGUAUUCCAUCGGCAGGCCCGAGCUAUCCAAGAGCUUGCUAAGAAGGAAUUUGAAACAUUGAAACAAGAUGGUGCUCUUAUUGAGCUACCAACCAAACCUAGAAGAGGUAGACCACCAGGCAGUAGAAAUCUGAAAAAGCUCCUAGAGAGUUCACCACCGGAUCGCAAUGUCCGUGAGUCAUCAUCAGAUGCCAUGCCUGCUUCUCGGGAUGUUACACCUGCUUCUCGAGAUGUCAUGCCUACUUCUCGGGAGGAGGACGUGACGAGAUCAGGCUCCUACAAUCUGAGGAAAGGACCCAGUUUAUACCGGUUCCCUCGCUAUCUUGAAAAUUGUUUUGAUUUUUCAGCAUCUUCUUCUUCUUCUAAAUUGAUGUCAGCUAAGUACGGAAAAAAGCCAUAUGGUUCUGAUGAAAGUAGGCGCGACACUUACUACCUUUCCUGCGAAUCCGAUUCUGGUCAGGAUCAAAUAAUGACUCCUUUUGGAGGCCUAGAUAGGCAGUUGAUUGCACAGGUAGGUCUUGCCUCAGAUCAUAAUAGCUAUGCAAGAAGCCUAGCUCAAUUUGCUGCAGACCUUGGGCCUGAAGUUUGGAAAGUCGCCUCGAAAAAGAUAAGAAGUGUUCUGCCUCAAGGUACAGAGUUUGGUCCUGGAUGGGUUGGCGAAAACAAGGUGUCAUCAAUGCAACUCUCUUCCUUGCCAGAGAAGCUGGUAGAGUUGCAGGGUUCCUUCAAAGGUGAACCACAUCAUCUGUCAACAUCAGGCUUCAGAAAUUCUAAUUUGGCCAGCAAACCCCUUACAUCUUGCCCUGAAAAAUCGAUGGAAUCUCGAGAAUUAAGUUCCAACGUUGAAUGGUCUUCACUAAAAGGUGGUAAUGAAGUGGUGGGGCCCGGGCCUUCGUUGCAGGUUCAACAUCAAGGUUCUGUUUAUCCACUUAUGAAUGGUUUCAGUAGCAGUUAUGCUCCAGGUUCUCAAUUGCAGGAAGCAAUGGGAAGACACUCAUCAUCAUUUUUAAAUCCUCAUACUUUAGAUUCAAGUUCAUUUGAUACCUCUAGAAGCUUCCCUGGGAUGAUGAACUCCGAGAAUGAGAUGCCCACCCAUGGAAUGCCAUAUUGGCAAAAUCUAUCCAUACAAGAAAGUUGGGAUCGCCCAUAUCCAAUGGAGCUCAAUAAGGGAUUCCAGGCAUCUGGUUCCAAAAGUACCAAUUUACCCAUUGGUUCUCCUCCGCAACUAGACUUAGUCCUGCAGCUUUGAAUUAUUGAUGUUAGGGUUUUCUUUAGUUGUAGGUAUGAAGAUGGCAACUCUUACUUGGCUGGUUCAGUCGCAGUGCUAGUAGAAACGGGUGAAACGCUGUACAGAUUGGUUCACCAACUAUUGAGUUUGAUUGGGGAAAAGUGAAAACUAUACAGUUCUGGGGAUUUAGAAAGCUCUUCUCCUUUCUUAAUUUUAUAUGUUAUAUUAUUUUUGGAAGAUGUUAAAAUACUUCAAGGACUUUUGGGUAAGAAAUGCAAUUUAGAGAAAGAAAAGAGAGAAAGAGAGAGAGUUACAUUCAUUGUAAUUUGUAGUAUUUGGUAAUUGUGGUAAAGGUUAAUACAGGUAUUUGACAGUAGCAGACUAGCAGAUGCAAGGAUCUUGGUAAUAAGUUCAUAAUCAUACUCUUUACUUCACUAA